AUGUUAAAGGCGUUUGGAACAGACGUGUUCGACGAAUGCAAAGACGUUAACGAACGCCAUUUCAUAGGAUCCAAUAAAAGUUGCGCACAUUACAUUUUCUGUAAUGGUGAAGACUCCUAUGAUGGUGAAUGUGUAGAAGGUGACUAUUUCAGUGCGGCAGAGGAAAUGUGUGAGCCCAUGGGAAACGUAGACUGUCGCCCGAAUCUAGGUAUAACAGUAUCUCCAUUUGAAGGAAAUGAGGUGAUCACCAUUGGAGCUGUUAUGAUACCUACCAUAGCUCAACCAUCAGCAACCAGCAAUACAUCUGGUGCUUCCAUUGAAAGCAUUAAACCUAUUGUUUCAAAUGUUUGUCCAAAAGAAGAUAGUUCAGCUCAAAUAGUUCUUGUUGCAGAUCACAAAUCAUGUUCAGAUUAUUACAUAUGCUACCACGGGGAGCCGCAUGCUAUGCAUUGCUCGGGUAUGUUGCAUUUUAAUAAAUUGACUGGCAAGUGUGACCGUGCAGAGAAUGUGGGAUGUUUGGUAAGUGCCACAAACACUCGGGAGCAAUGCAGGGAUCAUACUAUUGACGUUUAUCCACAUUUAAAUAAUUGCAACUAUUUCUAUUAUUGCUACCAUGGUUUUUUAUUGCUGCAACAAUGCCCUUUCUCAUAUGGCUGGGACUAUGAGAAACGGUCGUGUGUGGUGCUUGGGCGGGCAAAGUGCUAUGACGACAACAAAAUAGCUUUAAUUUAA